CCUCUUAAUACUCAUGCACAGAACAAGGUGGAACGUGGAGAGACAUUGCAACACUACAAAGAAGGACAAUCUUAUUUUCUGUAAAAUAACAUUAUUCUUUAAAAAAACUUAGCAGUGCAUAUAUUAUCCAGGAUGUCCAUAAAGCAAAGGGACUCCUUAAAGAUGGGGAGAUAUGUCCUGUGGUUUGUCUUCUUCGCUGGAUCUCUUGCAGUAGAAGAUUUAGGAGGAAAAGUCUUUAUUUUUCCCAAGGCCACAGACACAGUCCGUGUGAUUCUAAAGCCUACGAUAAAAAAGCCAGUAGAGAGUUUGACCGUUUGCCUGGAAUCCUACACAGAAUUGACUCGAGGACAUUCCCUUUUCUCUUUGGCCCUUCCAGGAAAGGACAAUGCUCUUCUCAUCUUCCCAAUGUCACAGACCAAAUGUGAGUUCAUUGUAAACCAAGAAGCUUACCAGUUCAGAGUAAACCCAGAGGUAUUUGACUGGAAACAUACCUGUAUGACCUGGGAUUCUGAGUCUGGAGUGGUUCAGCCCUGGAUUAAUGGAAAACUGUACCCCAGAACUGUUAUAAAGCAAAGAUUACAGAUUGAUAGUGAGACCAGUAUAAUGCUGGGACAGGAACAGGAUUCAUAUGGUGGCAGGUUUGAUGUCAGUCAGUGUUUUGUGGGUGAGAUAAGCAAUGUGCACAUGUGGGAUUAUGUCCUGACCCAGGAAGACAUACAGAAGGUUAUGGCUGGAAAAAACGAUUUGAAUGGGAAUAUCAUUAACUGGAGAUCAUUGCAGUACGAGAUAAUAGGAGAUGUGACUGUCCAGCCUAAGCUACAGUGCCAGUCUCUGGAGAAUAAUUAUAACUUGUAUUCCAAGUGCCAUGAAAGUUAAUUACAGGACUCUUUGAUUUUUUUAAUAAACUAAAUGCUUUAUACAUAUAGAGCACAUAAUCAGCUCGUUGUAUGCAUUCAGAUCAUAUUAAAAAUCAGGGAUGCGUCUUAUAAAUGCAAAAUAUUGCAUUUAUAUUGUUCCUAAAUGCGCAUUAUACAGUAACCUUAACCUUGGCUGCCAGUAUAUGUAUGCAAGGGUUUCAUGAACUUGAAUUAAAGAUAUUUGAAAUAAAGUUUUGAUGUGAAA